AUGUCAGAUUUCCCGUCCGAAGCCUACACAGAGGCGCAACAAAAAUGGCUGGGAAGGGACCAUCUAAUCACUCCGACGAUUCAAAAAGCAUUUGGCGAUAUAUUGGAGGGGAAGAAAGUGUUGGAUGUCGGUUGUGGCAAUGGUCACUAUUCCUUCGAUUUCUUGCGCUGGGGUGCCCACCAAGUGACAGGAAUCGACAAUUCAGAGGAGAUGAUUCAGAUAUGUAAUUCCACGGAUUCUGAUUCGUUGGAUACUCAAAAUAUUGAUUUCCACAAAGCGGACAUCACAGAUUUCUCGCUUCCCGAAAACGAGUAUGACGUGGCAACUGCAUUCUUCGUUUUGCAGUUUCUCCACGAAAAAGACGACGUGGCGAAGGCGAUUCAGAACAUUUCACGCCAUCUGAAAACCGGAGGAACGCUUUUCGGUUUGAUUCCAAACGGAGUUCAAGGAGUUACGCUCCCGAGAGAUAUGGGAGUGAAAUUGGGAGCUCAGAUAGAGAAGACUCCAGGAAGCUCGUUUGUCGACGGAGAAGUUGUCGGAAUUCAUUUUUAUGCAAAUGGAGAAGUUUGUGGCAGCUCUAAAAUUGCCCUUCACUCUCGCCAAUUCUACGAGAAAUGCUUCAAGGAUGCUGGAUUCUCCGAGAUCGAAUGGAUUGCUCCCCACUUUACUGAUCAUGCGAAGAGCCUUCUGGGGGAAGAAUUCUGUGACCAAUUUUUAAAUCCCAAUCCAUGUGAUAUUAUGUUCAAGUGUGUCAAAAAAUAA